AUCCCCAUUCCCAUUACCUCCCUAACCACCCGCCACUGUCGCUACUUUACUUUUCCCCUCUCUUAAAAUUACCCCCACCCCGCCCACUGUAGUAAAAGUAAAAUACUACCUGUUAUGGUUUUUGGUCUUCCAAAUUUCGUUUACGGACUGGACAUAAAAUCAGAACCUUCUUUUCUAAAUCUUUGGAUUUACUUACUUUCAUAUUUUUUUUUUACCACAAUCAAAUUAAAAUAUUAACCGCCUCGGAGUCGUACAUCAUAAUUUAAGAGAAAUCAAGCUAUCCACAGAUCGCCUGCGCUGAAUUUGAUCGACUGCACGGAGAUCUCGCCCUGAUUCUCUCGAUCGGUGUCUGUGGACUCUUAUUCUUGUAUUCUUCUCAAUUCAACCUCUAGCUGUAAAUAAAAUCAAUUCGAAAGAGGAAUUGGAAGCUAACUGGUGGGUGAACUUCGCCAUCAAUAAAUGUCCCAUCAAGAGGAAGAAAUGGAUUAUGCAGCCGCGGACUAUGAGAUGGGCGAAGUAGAAGAGGAUAUGUAUUUUGCUGGUCGAAUAAUGGGAGACACAGAGUCUGACGAGGAGGAUGAUGAUGAAUAUAACCAUUUGGACAAUAAGAUAACUGAUACUUCUGCGGCUGAGGCACGAAAAGGGAAGGAUAUCCAAGGAAUCCCGUGGGAGAGGCUAAGCAUAUCCCGGGAUAAGUAUAGACAGACUAGAUUAGAACAAUAUAGGAAUUAUGAGAAUAUACCCCGAUCUGGAGAGGGUUCAGAGAAGGAAUGCAAAUUAACAAGGAAAGGUGGAGUUUAUUAUGAGUUCUGGCAGAACACUAGAUCUGUAAAAUCAACCAUUCUACAUUUUCAGUUGAGGAACCUGGUUUGGUCAACUUCAAAGCAUGAUGUUUACCUCAUGUCGCAUUACUCAAUUAUCCAUUGGUCGUCAUUAAGUUCCAAAAAGACAGAAGUCCUUAAUGUCUCUGGCCAUGUGGCUCCGUGUGAGAAACACCCUGGAAGUUUACUGGAAGGAUUUACUCAAACACAAGUAAGUACGCUGGCUGUCCGCGACAAUUUGUUGAUUGCGGGGGGAUUCCAGGGGGAGCUUAUUUGCAAGUAUCUGGAUCGACCUGGUGUCAGCUUUUGCACGAGGACAACCUAUGAUGAUAAUGCUAUCACGAAUGCUAUCGAGAUAUAUGAUGGUCCAAGUGGUGCUGUUCAUUUCACAGCUUCAAAUAAUGAUUGUGGAGUACGAGAUUUUGAUAUGGAGAGAUUUCAGCUUAUUAAGCAUUUCUCUUAUCCGUGGCCUGUAAAUCAUACUUCUCUGAGCCCAGAUGGCAAGGUUAUUGCUAUUGUAGGGGACAAUCCUGAUGGGAUGCUUGUGGAUUCACAAACUGGAAAGACGGUUGCACCGCUUCGUGGACAUUUCGAUUUCUCUUUUGCCUCCGCAUGGCAUCCAAAUGGUCACAUCUUUGCAACUGGGAACCAGGACAAGACUUGCCGAGUAUGGGACUCACGGAACCUGUCGAAAUCGGUUGCUGUGCUUAAAGGAAAUCUGGGUGCCAUUCGAUCAAUCCGUUUCACCUCUGAUGGGCAGUUUAUGGCGAUGGCUGAGCCAGCUGAUUUUGUUCAUGUUUAUGAUGUGAAAAAUGGAUAUGACAAAGAGCAGGAGAUUGACUUUUUUGGUGAAAUAUCUGGAGUCUCUUUUAGCCCUGAUACUGAUUCCCUGUUCAUUGGGGUGUGGGACCGCACUUAUGGUAGCCUACUUCAGUACAACCGAUGCAGAAACUAUUCUUAUCUGGACUCUCUACUGUGAAUCGUUUGGUUCCUUUUGGAAUUUCGUGCAUCUAUUGCCGGAGGAGGUGAUGCACAGGUGACAUGUCUCUGGUUACUAAUACAAUGGAGGGGUCCAGAAGUGGCUGGCUGGCUCUCUUUGCACUCUAUGUUGUCUCUACUGUUGUGUCUCCAAAUAAUGACGACCUGUGGCAAAGAGGUGAAUAUAGAUGCCUAGAGUUCGUUUGAUGCGGGGCCAAAAAUGAAUCUUUAUCCAAUCAGAAGGCUAAAUUUUUUCAUGAAAAUGUCACUUGGUGAUGUGUAUAUGAAUAUAUUAAUUUGUAAUUUUUGUAUCAUUAACUUUCUGGAGUUUAGAGGACAAUUGCUGCCUGUUUGUAUCCAUUACCUUGCUGUGAAAGUGAAGUG